UCCUCUCUCCAUCAUCCAUCUUCACAGAUACACAUCUGAUCGCUCCCUCUUUCCUUCUAUACCCUUUCUUCAUCCUCAUAUCUCACAUCAAUCAACAUGGCUGCUAACCUCCCCAAGACCAUGAAGGCCCUCCGCUAUGAGGAGCCCCUGAAGCACGGCAUCGCCGAGGUUCCUCUGCCCACUAUUCGUGAUAACGAUGUCUUGAUCAAGGUAAAGGCCUGCGGUGUCUGCGGUACCGACUUGCACAUCCACGAGGGUGAAUUCAUUGCCAAGUUCCCUCUCGUCCCCGGCCACGAGACGGUGGGUGUUGUGGCCGCCGUCGGCUCCAAGGUCAAGGGCUUCGAGAUUGGUGAGCGUGUGGUGGCCGACAACUCUGAGCUUUGCGGCGAGUGCUUCUACUGCCGUCGGGGAGACGAGCUGUUCUGUGAGAACUUCCAGGCUCACGGCGUCACCAUGAACGGUGGCUUUGCUGAGUACUGCGCCUACCCUGCUGGCAGGGUGUUCAAGAUCAAGAACCUCUCGGACGUCGACGCCACUCUCCUGGAGCCCGCUUCCUGCGCCGCGCACGGUCUCGACAAGAUCGCCCCGAAGAUGGGCUCGUCCGUUCUCUUGUUCGGUGCUGGCCCCACUGGUCUGAUUCUGGCUCAGUUGCUCCGUCAAUGCGGUGGCUGCCGUGUCGUUGUUGCUGCCCCUGAGGGUCUCAAGAUGGAUCUGGCCAAGUCGCUCGAGGCUGGUGAUGAGUAUAUUGCUCUGUCCCGCAGCGACCCCAGCGCCCAGUUCCAGAAGCUCAAGGACGAGAACCCCUAUGGCUUCGACAUUGUCGUUGAGGCUACCGGUAGCGUCAAGAUUCUGGAAGACUCGAUCAAUUAUGUCCGCCGCGGUGGUAAGCUUGUCGUGUACGGCGUGUACUCCAACAAGGACCGUGUCUCUUGGCCUCCUAGCAAGAUUUUCGGCGACGAGAUCACCAUCCUGGGUAGUUUCUCCGAGGUAUACAAGUUCCCUGCUGCCAUUGACUACUUGGACUCUGGCAAGGUCAAGGUCAAGGGCAUUGUCAACAAGGUGUUCAAGAUUGAGGAGUGGGAGCAGUGCUUGGAGAGCAUGAAGAACAAGUCUGCCAUCAAGGCGGCUAUCACUUUUGAAUAGUUUAGCAUAGCUGGCUGUGCUUCUACGUAAUGAUUAACGAAUGGAUAUGUAUGAUAUACUCGU